AUGAAGAUCAACACUGAUGGGGUUGUCUACUGCGCCCACGCCGCUGGGAGACAUUUUCGAAGACAGAAGCAAGAGGGAACAACGAUCAACGGUUCUAAGCUCGAAAUUUUCGACAGCGGUAGCUUUAUCGCCACAGCUAGCAUGUCUGGACACAUCGUCAACAUCCCUAGGCCAUCCCUACCAUAUCUUGCCAGAAUUUCUGACGAAGUGGCCCGUAUAGGCAAGUCCCUAGCGAUUGAAUGGCAUGGAUUCGCUCGUGUCAAUAGCGUGUCUCCUGGAUUCAUCAACACUGGCAUAUCCGGACCAAUCGCGGAGGAAAUCAUGAGCGCUAUCAUGGAUAAAGUCCCUAUGGGGCGUUUUGGUGAAACAGUGGAGUUGAAAGGGGUGUAUCUGUUUCUUGCUUCAGAUGCUUCUACAUAUGUGACCGGAACGGAUAUCCUUGUUGAUGGUGGUUACACUGCUCCCUAA